AGGGUUUGCACCCUGUUUUAUACCCCUAAUUGGUCUAUGCACCCUAAUUUUAAAAUCCUUAGCCUUUACACCCUCCAACCGUUAGUCAGCAGUUAGGAAGUUAACUUUGGCUUGAAAUGACGCUAGUGCCCUGAUCUCAGUAACAACCAUACUCGUUGGCAUUCUUGUUUCUCAGACGGUCAUUUGUUUCUCUCUAUUGUUCGCAAGGUGCGAGUGAACGAAAUAGGAUUGGGAUGAAUGAAAGCAAUAGAUAUAACUCUGAAGCUUGCAAGAACCUAUGGGUGGAUUCAGAAGUACCUACUCGAACGACUGAGCAAAGGAUUGAGAGGACAUCAAAGCUGCCUGUGAAGAGAAAGUUGGACUCUUUACCUGCUCCAAUUAGGGUACCAUUCCAUGAAAGUAGCAGAGAUGAAGGAAUAGCUAGUGAUGAUUUUGGUGAUAUAUUCAUUGAAUUACCUCCACUCAACAACUUUGUGAAUGUUAAUGAUGAUAAUACAUCACAGUUUUAUGAAGGUAUUCAAUUUGAGCAAAUUGUUGAUGGGCUAGAUGGAUAUGAUCUGAAUGAAUCAGAUGAUCCUAAUGAAUCAGAUGAGGAAUUAGAUCAUUGUAGUUCUGAUACAGAAGAAGGGAGUGAUACAGAUGAAGUUCAAGGCACAAGAAAUGGGGAGGAUAUAGGUGAGGUGUUGAAUGGUAUGCCACACAAAGACUAUGACUGCAAUGAGCAAACAUUUACUUGCUCAGAUUCUGUGAAAUGGGAAGACAAAUUAGAGUUGGCAAUAGGAAAACAAUGGCUGACUAUGGAUGCAUGCAGAAAAUACAUCAGAAUGUAUGCCAUCAAGAAUAAAUUUGAGAUUUAUUUUCAGAAGAAUUGUGCUGAUAAGCUGAUAUUGAGGUGUAAAGGGGAAAGAUGCCCUUGGAGGUGUUAUGUUAUUAGAAAAAAUGAUGGGCACACGACUGAACUGAAAUCUCUCCAAGAAGAACAUACCUGUGAGAAUGAUGGCAGGAACAAGAAUAGAGGAGCAAAUGCUAGAUGGAUUGCUAGUAUGCUGGCUCAGGACAUGAGGCUGCACCAUAAGAGUUACAUACCCCAAGAUAUCAUUGCUAUAGCUUGGAGUAGGUGGACUUUAAACAUUUCAUACUGGCAAGCUUGGAAUGCUAGGCUGAUGGCACUUGAAGAGCUCCAUGGAAAUUAUGAGAAAAGUUAUACUCAAGUUCCUGAAUUGUGCAGACAGAUUCUAGCUUCCAAUCCUGAUAGUUUGGUUGAGUGCAAGUAUGACUCUGAAAAUAAAUUUCAAUAUUUAUGUGUUGCUUUUAGGUGUAGCAUGGAAGGGUGGAGAACUGGGUGCAGGCCACUAGUAGGGUUGGAUGGUUGCUUUCUAAAGGGGAAAUAUAGAGGAGUCUGUCUAACAGCUAUUAGCAUGGAUGGGAAUAAUGGGCUCUUUCCGCUAGCAGUCUUCAUUUGUAUAAAAGAAGAUGGUGAGAAUUGGGACAGGUUUCUAGCAUUAAUAGCUCCGGAGCUGAAGAAACAUCCUUUGCCACUUACAGUCACAUCUGAUAGGGCUCAAGCAAUCAUAAGUAGUGUUCAGACACAUUUGGGAGGCUGCAAUCCUAGAAGCUGCUUUAGACACAUCUUCAAGAAUAUGAGUAAGUGGUGGAAAGGGGACCACAUAAAGGAACUGGCCUGGGCUACUGCUUCAGCAUAUAAAAAGGUCCACUUUGAAAGAAGUCUUCAGAGAUUGGAUGAGGCAGCAGUUGGUGGUAUCAAGGACUAUUUAUUGGAGAUUGGUCCAGAGUUAUGGUCAAGGGCACAUUUUGAUACAACAUGUAAGAGUGACCACCUGACAAAUAACUUCACAGAGAGCUAUAACAGUUUCAUAUUAAGCCAAAGGGAUAAACCAGUGUGUUCAAUGAUAAUAGGUAUAUCAUUCCUGUUAAUGAAGAUUAUGUAUGAUAGGAAACUUCAGGCUAGUACUUGGAAUGAGAAUGAUGUGGUACCUAGGGUUGGUGCAAUAAUGGCAGCUUAUAAGGAGAAGCAAAAUGAUUAUGUGACUUGCCCUUCAGGUGAAGGGACUUUCAGUGUGAGAAAAUUCACUAGGGAGCACUGGAUUAUUAACUUAAACAAACAAGAGUGUGAGUGUUGUGAGUGGCAGGUCACAGGCAUACUGAUGGAGUAUAUGGCCCAGGAACCCCCCGGCCCAUAGACUCCUACUUCUCCUGCACAAGUCCAUUGAGCCCAGAGAACAACUCAGGCCCAAAUGCAACGGCCCAAGCCUCAAAGUAGCCCAGAAUACACACUGAGGUGCCUUCGGCCUCCUUGGCCGAAGGCUCCAAAACUCACAGGAUAGCCUUCUCUGGAAUAAGAAGCUACUAGGAGAAAACGGCAAAAAACAUGAGCCUUCGGCAUGAUCAAGCCCUCGGCGUUAGAGAAGCCUUCGGUCACACGAGGCCUUCGGCUAUACUGGGGUCCUUGAUCACAUGGAGCCCUCGGCUACACAAGGAGCCCUCGGUCAAACAUGCUCAAUCAUCGAAGAUUCCUUUUGGAGACAGCCAACCACCGCAUUUAAUGCCACGUCACAUCCGCCAACCGCAUUCAAUGCGGUGAACGUACCACUGCCGGUGCCACCCGGCUGAUGUGACCCCUCGGCCGUUGGAUUACUGACAUGUGUACUCUCAUCGCAUUUAUUGCUGCUAUAAAUAGCAGCCUAUUUCUCCUUGUAAAGGAUGGAUCUCUUACACGCUGAAUUCAUUUAAUAAAUCGACUCUCUCUCCUCCUACUUUGCUCUGACUUCUCUCUAUUUAUUCCCGUAAUAACCCCUCGGAUAAGAUACCCCCCGGGUAGACUAUCCAUCACAUACCAUGUGUACAUGCAGUGCAUUUGAUCAGCCAUUUGAGACUGCCACUACCUCAAUUUUGUAGUCCAUUACUGUGUGUGAAGGCCUACAAAGCAUGCUAUCAAACAAACAUUAAACCAAUAUCACAUGAAAGUGAUUGGCCUGAGGUAGUAUGACCACAAAUCUAAAACCAAUAUAUACAUUGAUACAUUCCAGAAUCAUUAGUAACCAUUAUUUUAAAAACUGUGCAGGGAAAUGAGGUUCUAUUGCCACCUAAGCUUUCAAGAGCCCCCGGGAGACCUAAAAACAAUAGAAUAAAGGGCCAUGAUGAGACUGAGACACAAUCAAUUAGUCAGAAGAAGUGUACUAAGUGUCUAUCUUUUGGGCACAACAAGAGGUCAUGCCAAGGAGGGCCAGUUGCUAGAGGUGGUGGGAGAGGUGCUACUACUGGGAGGGGUGCUGCAGGGGGUGCUGCAAGGGGUGGUUCAAGGGGUGGUUCAAGAGGUGGUUCAAGGGGUGCUGCAAGAGGUGGUUCAAGGGGUGCUACAAGAGGUGGUUCAAGGGGUGCUGCAAGAGGUGGUUCAAGUGGUGCUGCAAGGGGUGGAGCUAGGGGUGGUUCAAGGGGUGCUACUAGGGGUGGUUCAAGGGCUGGUGCUAGGGUUGGAGCAAGGGGUGGUUGACAUUCAUGUAAUUUCCAUAUUUAAAUUUGUGUUUUUAAUUAGUUUAGAGUGAUUGUUACUUUGGAAAUUACACACUUUUGAUGUAAUAGUUUAGUUUGUAAAAUAUUUGUAAUAUGUUUAGAUUAGGUUUAUUCUGAGCUCAAACAGGUCCAAGAACAAUUUGGGGACCAUUGGUGAACACCACAAGUGGAAGGAAAGUGCAAAAAUGCAAGACAAAAAGUGAAGAUUUCGUUUUUGGUCUGUACCCGGUCGGGUAUGACCUUUUCCCGGUCGGGUACCCUUCUGAAAAAUCAAAUCGG